AUGAAUCGAAUUAACAUACCGCCAGACUACAAUUCACCGCCAAAAUAUCUACCUUUACAAUCAUUUGAGUCCAAAUAUCAGAUUAUCAGCAAUCUAGGAAAUGGAAGUUUUGGUUCUGUUGUGUUAACAAAGUACCGCAAGGAUAAAAGAGAUUUGUUGAAGCCGGACUCUAGUAAAAGAGGAACGCUUAUUGAUCCGCUAGAUGAUUCGUGUUGCCACGUUAGCAGCCUUGUCGCUAUUAAAACAAUGAAUAAAAAGUUGCAUUCUUUGAAUGACUAUACGAGGGUAAAAGAGGUUAAGUUCAUAUUAUCAAUUCCGUCUCAUCCCAGCUUGGUUCAAAUUUAUGAAAUGUUCAUUGAUGAUGUUAACUUUCAACUACACAUUUCCAUGGAAUCAAUGAACCAAAAUUUGUAUCAGUUAAUGAAAUCGAGAAAGCAUGUACAUUUUUCGCCCAUCACCUUAAAAAGUAUCUUGACUCAAAUAUUACAUGGUAUUCGGCAUAUUCAUAAGUAUGAAUACUUUCAUAGAGAUGUCAAACCUGAAAAUAUUCUAGUUAUACCUACACUGCAAUACUAUGGUGGAAAAGGUAAUAUCCCUCCACAUAGGAAAAUGGACAAUUAUGUUGUUAAAUUAGCAGAUUACGGUCUUGCACGUAACAUCCAUAAUUUGAAGCCUUACACUGCUUAUGUGUCUACUCGAUGGUAUAGGUCCCCCGAAAUUUUGCUUCGCAAAAAGUGGUAUUCCAAACCGGUUGAUAUUUGGGCAUUUGGAACCGUUGCUGUAGAGGCCGCAAAUUUUAUACCAUUGUUUCCAGGAUCGAACGAGUUAGACCAAACGUGGAGAAUCUUGAAAGUUUUGGGUUCCCCAGUCUUUCCUGAUUCAUCAUUAACCCAAUCCCCUAACUAUUUUGGCCCUUUGGGAGGCUACUGGAAAGAGGCACAAAUAUUAGCAGCGAAGCUUGGAUUUUCAUUCCCCCUUGAACCAGGUAUACACAUAUAUGACAUUCUACCCAAUCCAUCUCACAAUCAGCUAGCGGAAGUUGUGAAAGCAUGUUUGACAUGGAAUCCUGAUUUAAGACCAGACGUUGAAGCUGUAUGCUCAAUGCCUUAUUUCCAAAAUACUGAAAUUUCAACUCCGUAUCAAGAACCCUCACGAGCAAGUAAUCAUAAGCAAGAGACUCCUCAAUUGUCUCAAAAAGAAAAUCAGCUACCUGUUAGCAUUCAUCCCCAAAGCUAUGAAAAUGCAAUAAUUCAAUCUACUAAAGCAAAUAUCACAUUAAAUAAUCACAGUCCUCGCAAUAAUUCGGAGAAUGCUCCAACAAAUUCUUUGAAUAUGUUCAGACAUCAAGAUGCUAACGUCCAAGGUAAAUUUACUAAAAGCGUAUCAGAAAAUUUGAUCAGUCAUUCGUCCAACAUAAAAAUUGAUGAGGAGCAAAUUUUGGCCCAAAAUAUUGAUCAGUUGCCUUCAGAGCUCAAAGACGGAAAAGAAGAAAGCUUCAACUAUUACGACGCAGAAUAUUCCGAAAAAGAAGACGAAAGAAGAGAUGAAGAAGAUGACGAUGAUGAAGGGGAGGACGAGCCAGUAGGAUAUGACAGCGACCAAUUGGGUUGCGAACAAAACAGAGAAUACUCUUGGGCAAUCAAUACUAACCAAAAUUAUGAUAAACCACGAAAUAUAGAUGCUACUCAUGAAACCCUAGAUGAUGAGUUUGGGGUAUUUGCGGAUCUUUCAUUUGGAAGUGGCCCAGAAAUCAAAUGCUAA